AGCCCCACACCAGACACGUUAGUUCGCUUCAAAUUUUCGUAGUGCUCCAAGCGAUCUGGUCGUAGAAAAUUAUCCGUACAGCACAAAUUGGUAUCAGUUAUUCGAAACGCGAUGAGCUACACAAACCUACUGCGCCAGCAGAACGUGGUGGACGACUGCCAGCGAGUGAGCUGCAAUCGCAAUCCCACGGCCACGCUCUCCGGCCGCUGUGUGCUCAGCCGGGACAUCGUGAUCGGCUGCCGGAUGGAGCAGUGCGACCCGGACAUGCCCUACAUGCUGGAGCCCACGUGGGGCGUCUACCUGCGCGCCGGCCGCGAUGGCGGCGACCUGUCGCGCUUCGUGCGGCGCGUCACGUUCAAGAUGUCGCCGCGCCUGCCGCUGCGACUGCACGUGGCGGACAGCGCUCCGUUCGAGAUCGGCGAGGUCCUGGGCACCGACUUCCCCGUGGAGGUGCAGGUGCAGUACACGGACGCCCGCAUGUCCGCCACCUCGUACAUCUUCCGGCCGCGGGUGGUGCGCGAGGGUCACGCCGGCAUCUGCGAGGAGGUCCUGGACAAGAUGAUCUUCGUCAAUCCCACGCCCUCGAUGCGACAGAGUCUGACGCCCGUCCUCGCACCGCCAAGUGCGAGUGCCAGUGGUCCGUCCAGCGCCAGGGAUUCCAGCCGGUCGGAGCUGCUGGAGCUGCAGGUACAGGAACGCGAGCAGGUGGGCGAUGUGGCGCGAUCGCCGCAGCCGCCGGCCAAGCAGCUCAAGAACCGCCUAAGUGUGGGCGUGCCCCACCCGCCCAUCGGGCAUCAGAAGCCCAAAUGGGCUGAAGGAACUGAGAAGUGAGAAAUGAGAAGUGAGAACGGAGAACUGAGAACUGAGAAUAUUGGCUGUCAUGGCAUGCGAAGAUGUGUGCAGUUAUUUGAUUGGAAUUUGACACGUUUGGGCCAUACUAUGCAAAUUAUGAAUUUCAAAUUAAAGUAUGAUUCGUAUGUUUGAGUCAGCUGCUAAUA